UGUUGCAGGAGGACAUUCUCACGACCCUGGGAGGCAGCCAGCCAUUUUACCUCCAAGGCAUCCAUUGCAGAUAAUUCUAUUCAACACUCUCUCUAAGAUGGGGAAUACCAUGCGAAUGGCAUCUAAACACAACCUUGACGUCAGCAAUGGACGUUGAAGUUCCUGCUAUAAAGGUUCUCGUCACUGUAAAGUCGAGAGUAGUGAACGAUGUCGAGCAAGCUACUGUUCGCGCUGGCGCUGGUGACCACGGCGGCGGCCACGUGUCGCCCGGGAGCCUACGAGUGCGCCCCUCAGUGUGUGCCUCAGAGAUGGGUCUGUGACGGAAUCGAUCAUUGCUGGGGCGACGGAGACGAUGAACUGCACUGUGACACGUGCGCCGAGGGCUACUUCCACUGCGCCGAGAACAGGUGCAUCCCGGAGCACUGGGUGUGCGACCGCUACGACAACUGCGAGGGAGGCGAGGACGAAGUCAACUGCCCCGUCAACCAUCCGCCGUGUCCCGAGGGCAGCUUCCAGUGCCCUGACGGAGGACCUUGUAUCCUAAACCAGUUCAUGUGUGACGGAUACAGGGACUGCUAUGGAUCCGAAGACGAGAUGGGCUGCACCUCUUGCAACGGCGGCUUCCACUGCGAUGACGACACCUGCGUCUACGAGAUCUACAUGUGUGACGAGAGGGAGGAUUGUCCCAAUGGGGAGGACGAGGCGGCCGAUGACUGUGAGUGCAGAGACACGGACUUUAUCUGCGAAAACGGACACUGCCUUCCCGACUACAUGGUGUGCGACGGGAAACCCCAUUGUCACGGCGGAGAAGACGAAGCGAACUGCG